AUGACAGCAGUACUUAGAAGUAUUAAAUUCUUGGAUUUUAGAGCUUCUGAGGAAUAUGAUAUCUGUACUUACUUUAAGAGGGUGGAAGCUAAAUAUUGGCAGCUGAAACAUUACUUAAGUUUUCGUCUGAAAAACGAUGAUACAAUUUUACCGUGGUCAGCCGUUUACGAUUUGCUUGAUAUCUGUGAAACUUUCGAGGGUUCCACUGUACGAAAAGACUGUGAGAAGUUUUAUAACGAUUUCUAUAAACUUUAUCUUGACAAGCACGCUGAAAAGAAUUCUGUCGAGAGAAUUCGGUUACUCGAUUCAAAAAUAUUUUCAGAACGUAAUUAUUCAGUAUUCUUACAAACAGCGUCCAAUAAACGAAUAAGAGAAGAAGCUUCGUCGUCUGAUGAAAAACGAAUUCGUCACGAAGUACCUGAAUUGAGUCGAGAGGAAGACAAGCAAGAGAAGAUCGAAAAUGAUGAGAUUCUCAAUUCUCCGCGUGUUGUAACUCUUCAUAUUGCCACUCCAGCUUCUCCGACUCCUCAAUUUACCCAGGCUCAACGCAACGAUCUUGAAUAUGAUAAUGAUGUUGAUGAGACAGAGGAACUUCUACCUCUCGAUCAUAUUGAAGAUAGUUGGAUAACAAAAAAACUAGCCAAAGUUAAAAAGGGAAUUGCGAGAUACAACAUAAUUUUUUUACCGGAAUGUAACAGAAAUGAUCAAUUAAGGUCCAAGUUUUCCGAUGACGAAUGGUCAGAUUUUGAGGAAUUUUUUUUUAAAAAAGAGGAAGAAAUCGCAAAAAAAGUCUUCCCAUCACUUAGCAAAGUGGAAAUUAUCUUAAAUAGGUACCGGGAAGCCAUAAUAAAUGCAAGUGAGGACGGAUACAUCGAUUUAGAUAGAAUUGAUGUUAUCUACGAUUAUCCGAAUGGAUAUAAAUUUAGAAAAAAUUGGCUUGAAAGAUGGGUAGAUAAUGUCUACCAAAAAUUCUUGACAUGCUUUCACAUACCUAAAAAUGUCCUUAACGACAGAUUCACAAGUGAAUACCAGUAUAGAAGUUGGUUCGUAAAUACCUUAUGCGAGGAUAUUUUUUUAGAUUCGGCAACAAUAAAAAUGAAAACUGGCGAAGUAGAAAACAAACAUCGAAAAGUGCAACUGGAUUUGUCGAAGAAUCCUGGCGAUCGAAAGUCUGUCGGAUGGUAUCAUGAUGGUGUACUCUCAAUCAAUGUUAAUGGAAUUGAAGUAUAUGUUGGGUUUUUAGAAGUUACCGGAAAUGCUGUGGUAACCGAUCAUACUAAAUUUCUGGGGGAUCUAAAGAAAAUGUUAAAGGCAAUGCGUUUGGCUUUUCAUGAGCUUCAGAAAACUUUAUAUAAUGAUGGAAUUGUUGAUAAAAACGACGAAAAUAUAGCUGACAGUUUAGAAAUUUUCGGAAUUCUCGUGGAUAGAAAAAAUUUCUGUUUCUACACUAUGCAUCAUCAUAAUGGAAUAUAUUUGGUAGACGAAAUCAACGUUUCUUUUAUAAUACCAGAUACUCCUAUACAAUUGUAUAUGGUAAAGGAGAUUAUAGAAAAAUUGUUAACAUUUAGAGCUCGUAUUGAAAAAUUAAACACUCGAAUUAAGGAGCUUUCAAGCAUUAGAAUAACAUGA